AUGUCUCUCUGUUCUGUUUCGUCUCCAGUUCUCAUAGCCUUCCUUUUCACAAGCAGCUGGAUUGCUUCUGGAGCCACCGCCUUCAUUAAUUCUUCCUUCCUAAGCCACCGCUACCUGACAGUGGAUUACUACGACAAAACUUGCCCUAACCUCGAACACAUCGUCAGUUUCGUUGCUUCUCAGAAACUCAAAGAGUCUCCGGCCACCGCUUCCGCCACCAUCCGCCUCUUCUUCCACGACUGCUUCGUAGAGGGAUGUGAUGGUUCAAUUCUGAUAUCAAGCAAGCCUGGAAGUAAAGAAUUGGCAGAGAAGGAUGCGCAGGAUAACAAGGAAAUCCCGGUGGAAGCGUAUGAUAUCAUCGAAAAGGCCAAGGCAAUGGUGGAGAGUAAAUGCCCUGGUGUUGUGUCUUGUGCAGAUAUACUUGCACUUGCAGCCAGAGACUUCAUUCAUCUGCUUGGAGGGCCAUAUUAUCCGGUGAAGAAAGGGAGGUGGGAUGGACAAACAUCAAUGGCAAGCUUGGUGUAUUCAAAUAUUCCUCAUGCGAAUUCCACUAUUGAUGACAUGCUUAAGCUCUUCUCAUCUAAAGGCCUAACUCUCAACGACCUAGUAGUCCUAUCAGGGGCCCAUUCCAUCGGCUUUGCCCACUGUAAGAACUUUGUGAACCGUCUUUACAACUUUGAAGGGACAAAUAAACCAGAUCCUGAUAUGGAUCCAAGGCUACUCAAAUCCCUUAGAAGGUCAUGCCCACAAUAUGGUGGCAAUGUUGGAGUUGUGACACCUUUCGAUGCCACAACUCCUUUUGCAUUUGACAAUGCAUAUUACCAGAAUUUGCAACGGAAACUGGGAUUGUUGGCGAGUGAUAAAGCCUUAUUUUUGGACCCUCGGACAAGGCCUUUGGUCCAAGCUUUGGCCAAGGACAAGAACAAGUUUUUUCAAGAAUUUUCAUUGGUUAUGGACAAAUUGGGAAAUGUUGGUGUGAAAAGAGGAAAGAAGCAUGGUGAGAUAAGAAGAGUAUGCACUAUGCAUCAAUAA